GUCACACAUUUCCUCAUCAAUAUUCCAACAAAGAGUAAUUUUAAUUUAACCACAUAAAAAAAAGUGAGUUGACGUUAAUUUAGACGUGAAAGCUAACGGAUCCAAAAUCUUUUCCGCAAUCAUUGUUUUUCUUUCACACACCUUGCUUCCUCCAUCUUUCUAUCCUCAACAAUCUUCACUUUUCCCUAACACCUCACUUUCAAGGUUAAUUUACUUCAACCAAUAACCUUCAGAUCCAUUUGAGUUCUUGUAGUAGAAAUCAAGAGCUACCUAGGGUUUACUUUCACUAGUUGUUGUUCUCGUUUUCUUCUUUAGGUGUUGGAAUUUGGAAGUUCCUAACCUAACUCUCUUGUUUUGUUUGAGUUGAAGUUGCACCGUAAAGCCUAUACUGCAGAAGAUUCAAGUUUUCUUUUGUUUUUGUGGUUACACAAAAAUUAUAAAGCUAGAAAGAAAGAAAGUAUGAAAAGUUAAGAGACAAAAAAAAUAAAAACAGUUAAUUAAUUUGGUGUUUGAAAGUUGAAACCUCAUAUGAGAUGAGGCCUGAACAAUUGCAUGUUGCACAACAAAUUAGGCGUGACAAAUUGAGAAUCCAGAAUCAAGAGUUUCCUAACAACAACAACAACAUAGAACAAUUAUUAUCAUUACACCAACAACCACAACAAGGUUUCAACAUGGAUCUUCAUCUUCAACUUCAUCAUCAACUCAGAAAUUCCAACAACAAUAUGCUUGAAGAUGAUGAUGUUGGUGAAGCUGGUCUUUAUUCAUCUGAUCAGAUGAUGAACAGUUUUUCGACACCGCCAAAUCCGUUACACAGAAACCCCUUGGAGUACUAUCAUGAGCUAGGUGAACCAAGUAGCAAUAACAACAAUAACAGGUUGAGUUAUUAUUAUGCAAAUGAAACGAAUCAGAAUGUUUUUUUGCCUUCUGAGCUUAACCAUAGUGAUAUUUUCAAGUCUUCAAGUUCUAUUAGUCCUCAAAGUACUUCAGAAGUUGCUUCUUUAAUGCAUCAUGGUGUUUGGGGAGGUGGGAAUAGUAGUCAUAAUGUGUUUCAUGAAAAUCAAGCUAAUUUGUGGACAAAUAGAGGUGUUAAUAUUGUUGACAACAAUAACAAUAACAACACGGGUUCUUUCUUUAAUGAUUGUAAUAAUCCACAAGGUUUAUCGUUGUCACUUUCAUCAAAUUCUUCGCAAUCUAAACAUUCACCUUCUGCUUCAAAUUUUGAACAAGGGUCUUUCUUAAAUGUUGUGAAACCAAUUCAUCAAGCAGAACCAAUUGGAGUCUCUCCAAACAGUACUACCACUACUACUACAAGUAGCGGUUUUAGGAACGUUGGUCCUCUUGGACCCUUUACUGGAUACGCAACAAUACUGAAAAAUUCAAGGUUUUUAAAACCUUGUCAACAGUUGUUAGAGGAAUGUUGCUGUCAAAAUGUUCAAAAUACGGCAAAAUCAUGUGACAAUGUUCCAAAAUGGGUUUCUCGAGAUGUUAAUGUUAAUGUUGAAGAUAAUGAAACUGGGAAAGGUAGUAGUAGUUCAGGUGGUUCAUGCUCUAUGUUUUAUGGUUCAAAAGAGAAAGAGAAUAGUGCUGCUGUUGUUGCUGAUGAUGGAGGAGGAGUUGGGAAUAAUUUUUGUCUUACUUCUUCUAGUUCUCGACCUGAGUGCCAAAAGAAUAAGGCUCAACUACUGUUCAUGCAAGAAGAGGUUACAAGAAGAUACAAGCAAUACCAUCAACAAAUGCAAAUGGUGGUUUCAUCAUUUGAGUCCGUAGCAGGUCUAAGUUCAGCUACACCAUACAUUUCAAUGGCUCUUAAGUCACUAUCAAGACACUUCAAAUGCCUCAAAAAUGCUAUCACAGAUCAACUCAAGCAUACAUGCCAAGCAUUGGGAGAGGACUUUUCAGUACUACCAAACACCACAUGUAGUAGCACUAAAAGUGACAGUAAUAAUAUGACAAGGCUAAGGUUCAUGAAUCAUAGCUUACAGAAGAACAGUAAUAUUGACUUUGCUGAACCUCAGCAACAUGUUUGGAGACCACAGAGAGGCUUACCUGAACGUUCAGUGGCUAUUCUUAAAGCUUGGUUGUUUGAGCAUUUUCUUCAUCCGUACCCUACAGAUACUGAUAAACACAUGUUGGCUACACAAACAGGUCUAUCAAGAAACCAGGUAUCCAAUUGGUUCAUAAAUGCUCGAGUUCGUGUAUGGAAACCGAUGGUUGAAGAAAUACACAUGCUUGAAUCAAAAGGCGCAAUAGAAGCUCAGAAUCAGAACAAUAACAAAAACGAACCCUACAGAGUUGGAACACAUGAACGGAAAUUCCAGUGUUUGGAAAUGGGGUCAUCGUCUUCGGGCAUUCACAAUGUUGAAAAGGUAAUUACAAACGAAGAGCAAUGGAAUAAUAACAUUCAUGAGAAGAGAUCUAAAAUGGAAAAUGAGAUUACACCAAACAUGGAUAUGGGUUUUUUGCCUUAUCAAAAUGGAUCUGUGUCACUGACUUUGGGUCUUAGACAUGGGGUUGAAAGUGUACAACAACAGCAACAACAGUUGCAGCAGGAGGUAGAGCUUAGACAUCAGUAUGGAGGACACAUGAUCCAUGAUUUUGUGGGUUGAUUAUAAUGUUUUCUAGAGAUUUGGUGAUAGAAAUGAACAAAUAAUAUUUGGAUUAGGCUUGAAGUUUAGGUGAAUUGGAUUAGAGGCUCCAUUUACUUUUCAACUUGGCAAAGUAUGCAAAAUCGAGGUAGGUUGAGAGAAAUAGUCAUUAAGAAACUAUGUAACUUCGAGAUUUCAUUCAUAUAAGUGUAGUUGUCAUCUCGUAAUCUUGAUGUCAGGACAAUGAUACAUGCAGUUAUAAUUAAUUAAAUUAUUUUUUAA